AUGCUUGCCACACGCCAACUGGUGAAUGUUUUCCAACAACCGCCAACUAUGCGACUGAAGGUCCCGCUAACUAUGGACGAAGUUAUUGGAAGUGUUGACGCUGAAAUAACUGAUGUUGAAGAGGCACUUCUGCAUCAAAUCGGAGCCAGAGAGGUGCCUUUUGCUGGAAUGGACAAGAGUGGUCGUGGUGUUUGUGUGAAGCAUGUGCAAGGAAUUUGCACGAUGAAUCUAGUCUGUCCUCUUCGUCAUAUCGUUGGCGAUAAAGCUGUUGUAUGCAAACAUUGGCUGAGAGGGCUCUGUAAAAAGGGAGAUCAAUGCGAAUUUUUGCACGAGUAUGACUUGACAAAAAUGCCUGAGUGUUUUUUCUUCUCAAAAUAUAUGGCAUGUAGUAAUCGCGAGUGUCCAUUUCGCCAUAUUGAUCCAGAGACAAAGAUGAAGGACUGCCCAUGGUACGACAGAGGAUUUUGUCGACACGGCCCCUAUUGCAAACAUCGCCAUCGUCGACGUAUUAUAUGCCCCAAUUUCGUUGCCGGGUUUUGCCCGGACGGCAAAGAAUGCAAAUUUGCUCAUCCUUCGUUCGCUCUGCCUGCUCCGGAGAAUUGUGCUUCCAACAACAAGCGGUUGUUCAACCACCAGAUAAUCUGCCACAACUGCCAUGAACGUGGCCAUAAGGCUACACAUUGCCCUCACUUGCCAAAUCAACAGGGGAAGCGCAUUUUUGGUGCAUUCCAGACGUCCGAAUCGAAUCCUAUUUCGAAUCGUACGGUGACCACAGUUCAACCAGUUGAUCUGUCGAUGUUUCCGGACAAGAAAAGUUUGUCGGAAGUCACCUGUUACAAGUGCGGUGAAAAGGGUCACUAUGCGAAUCGCUGUCAUAAGGGAGCACUGGCAUUUUUAUCGAAUACUGCUCACUUGGCUCAAGAGCAACGAGAAAAGGAUGAGCGAGAAGGCAGGCAAGUACUUACCGGGAGCGUACCUUGGUCAGCCGAGUUUGAAUCCAAGGACAGGCUAAUCCAAGUAGCGAAAAAAGAAGACGGUGAUAGUGAAACUCGAGAGUUGAAGGAAUCAUAUUCUCUCCAACUUAAAAAGAUAAAUGCUCAUUUAACGUGUAACCUAUGCAAGGGUUAUUUAAUAGACGCAAUUACUGUGAUCGACUGUUUGCACACUUUUUGUAAAAGCUGUCUGUUGACCUAUUUUGAAGAAGAAGACAAUUGCUGCCCCAGCUGUGAGCAGUUGAUUCAUCAGUCGCAUCCUAGCCACUAUGUGGCUUUUGAUCGCACUAUGCAAGACAUCGUGUAUAAACUAGUUCCUGGGUUGCUGGAAUCUGAACGUAAAAGGCGGCUCGAUUUUCUCAAAGAUAAGAAACGUAUGGCUGGUGAACAGGUUGAUGAAGAAGAGGAAGAAUCUGAGAAGAAGGACGAGUCAUCACAAGGUACCAAUAGGUGUUUCGAAGGAGAGCCAGGAAUUUCGCAUCACAGAAAUGACGAACAUAUGAUUGUUUCAUUAACUCCCGGAGCACCUGAUCUGCCAAAACCAACCCGCCCAAUUGUCCGGUUAAGUGGUAUGGCUACAGUGAACACUCUCAAAAGGUAUUUGGCGCAGUCGAUGUGGUCAAAUAUGUCCCGGUAUAGCGAACUGGAUUUGUUUUGUAAUGACGAGCUGAUGGGUCGCGACUUCUCGAUGCGUUUCAUUCACCUGACCAGAUGUCGAAAUAAGCUCAAAGAUGAACCAUUGAAACUUGUUUAUCGAUAUCACAUCGAUUUUUAG